UCGGACUCAGCUUUUAGCCAAUCAAACCACUUCGCUUCACCCCUCCCGGUAGCUCUUAUAAAUUACAUCAAAUUGGUUAUCCUUGCCACAUUCUUCUCUUUGAAAAAGAAGCUGUAACUGCAUUUUUAGCCGUAAUGUCAGGACGCGGAAAGCAGGGAGGCAAAGCUCGGGCCAAGGCCAAGUCGCGCUCGUCCCGCGCAGGCCUUCAGUUCCCCGUGGGGCGAGUGCACCGCCUGCUGCGCAAAGGCAACUACGCCGAGCGAGUGGGGGCUGGCGCGCCGGUGUACCUGGCGGCUGUGCUGGAGUACCUGACAGCGGAAAUCCUGGAGCUGGCCGGCAACGCGGCCCGAGACAAUAAGAAGACGCGCAUCAUCCCUCGCCAUUUGCAACUAGCCGUGAGAAAUGAUGAAGAGCUCAACAAGUUACUCGGGGGUGUCACAAUUGCCCAGGGCGGCGUCUUGCCCAAUAUCCAGGCAGUCUUGUUGCCCAAGAAAACGGAGAGUCACAAGCCUGGCAAGAAUAAGUAAUUAGGAGGCUUGACACCAACCCCACUCACCCCAAAGGCUCUUUUAAGAGCCACUAA